AAUUUCCUUCAACCCCAGGUCUGCCAUCACUUCAGGAAUCCACGGGUACAAUGGGAUGUUGGUGGGAUUGCUGAUAGCCGUGUUCUCUGAGAAGACAGACUACUACUGGUGGCUUCUGCUGCCUGUGACCUUCACAGCCAUGGCCUGCCCAGUUCUUUUUAGUGCCUUGAAUUCCAUCUUCAGCAAAUGGGACCUCCCAGUCUUCACACUGCCCUUCAACAUCGCAGUAACUCUGUACCUGGCAGCUACAGGCCACUACAACCUCUUCUUUCCUACAACACUGGUGGACCCUGCGUCCUCAGUGCCCAAUAUCACCUGGACAGAGGUUGAAAUGCCCUUGCUAUUACAAGCCAUCCCCAUUGGGGUCGGCCAGGUGUAUGGCUGUGAUAAUCCCUGGACAGGUGGUGUGUUCCUGGUGGCUCUGUUCAUCUCUUCACCACUCAUCUGCUUGCACGCAGCCAUUGGCUCAAUCGUGGGGAUAUUAGCAGCCCUGACAGUGGCCACACCCUUCAAGAUGAUCUACAUGGGCCUCUGGAGCUACAACUGCGUCCUCUCCUGCAUCGCCGUGGGGGGCAUGUUCUACGCUCUCACCUGGCAGACCCACCUGUUGGCCCUUGUCUGCGCCCUGUUCUGUGCAUACAUGGGAGCAGCCCUCUCCAACAUAAUGUCAGUGGUUGGUGUGCCACCAGGCACUUGGGCCUUCUGCCUCUCCACCCUCAUCUUCCUGCUCCUGACAACCAACAACCCUGCCAUAUACAAGCUCCCACUCAGCAAAGUCACCUACCCAGAGGCCAACCGCAUCUACUACCUGACAAUGAGGAGCAGCGAGGAAGAGAAAUCUCCCAGCGGUGGUGGUAGGGAGCAGCGUCCUACAGCGUGCCCAAAGGCUGAGGAGGGCUCGGAGGCUGUGCUCCCCAAGCACAGGAGUGUGUUCCACAUUGAGUGGUCAUCCAUUCGGAGAAGGAGCAAAGUAUUUGGAAAAGGUGAACACCAGGAGAAACAAGCCAGAGACCCAUUCCCCUAUUCAUACCGGAAGCCCACAGUGGAACUGCUUGAUCUGGACACCAUGGAGGAGAACUCUGAGAUAAAGGUGGAAACAAAUGUUUCCAAGACCUCUUGGAUUCAGAGUUCCAUGGCUGCAGGAGGUAAAAACGUCAGAAGAGCCCUCAGCUACAUCACAGGAGAGAUGAAGGAGUGUGGAGAGGGGCUGAAAGACAAAUCUCCAGUGUUCCAGUUUCUCGACUGGGUCCUGCGGGGCACAUCUCAGGUGAUGUUUGUGAAUAACCCUCUCAGCGGCAUCCUCAUCAUCGCCGGCCUCUUUGUUCAGAACCCCUGGUGGGCCAUCUCAGGCUGCCUGGGCACUAUUGUGUCCACCUUGACAGCGCUCAUUCUGAGUCAAGACAGAUCAGCCAUCGCAGCAGGACUUCAUGGCUACAACGGCAUUCUGGUGGGGCUGCUGAUGGCCGUGUUCUCAGACAAAGGUGACUACUACUGGUGGCUUUUGCUUCCCGUCAUUGUUAUGUCCAUGACUUGCCCAAUCCUCUCCAGUGCCCUGGGCACCAUCUUCAGCAAGUGGGACCUCCCAGUCUUCACAUUGCCCUUCAACAUCGCAGUGACCUUGUACUUGGCAGCUACAGGCCACUACAACCUCUUCUUUCCCACGAUACGCCUUCAGCCUGUGUCCUCCGUGCCCAACAUCACCUGGUCAGAGGUCCAGGUGCCUUUGCUUUUGAGAGCCAUCCCUGUUGGAAUUGGCCAAGUGUACGGCUGCGAUAACCCCUGGACUGGAGGCAUUUUCCUCAUAGCUCUGUUCAUAUCUUCACCUCUUAUUUGCUUGCAUGCAGCAAUUGGAUCCAUUAUGGGGAUGUUAGCAGCACUCACUAUCGCGACCCCCUUUGAGUCCAUCUACUUCGGGCUGUGCGGCUUCAACAGCACUCUUGCGUGCAUAGCGAUAGGAGGCAUGUUCUAUGUCAUCACCUGGCAGACGCACCUCCUCGCCGUUGCCUGCGCACUGUUUGCAGCCUACCUGGGGGCUGCCCUGGCUAACAUAUUAUCUGUGUUUGGACUACCAACCUGCACUUGGCCCUUCUGCCUCUCGGCACUCACCUUCCUGCUCCUGACAACCAACAACCCCGCCAUCUACAAGCUCCCACUCAGCAAAGUCACCUACCCAGAGGCCAACCGCAUCUACUUCCUGUCACAGGAAAGAAGCAGAAGGGCAUCAACCAUAACAAAGUACCAGGCCUACGAUGUCUCCUAAGUGGCUGUUUCGAAAGCACAUCACUGCAAAUUCAACCUUCAGCGGACUGUUCCAUUUUCCAGGCUGAAGGACACUUAACCUUCCCCUUUGUCUGCUCUGACUCUCCCUCCAAGCACAGGAAAUGUAUGUGUAGUCACUAUUUAGGAACCCAUCUGUUCUAUGAUUGCACAACACUUGUCAAAGAUACGGUUAGUUUAGAUUUUAUACCCAUCACUCACUCCACAAAAGCUCCCUUGAGGGGAACUAGCCCUCUUUUAUAAAAUAAGCUACAUCCUUGAAGAGAAGUCAUCAAGAACAAAAGAUUGGUGACAUGGUCACCCAACUCAGUUUAAUGUAGUAAAAGCACAGUACUAGGAAAUGUAUGUUAACCUAGAUGGCAAGAGGGCUAGCUCUGCCCCAGCUCUGACACUAAUGACCUUCUACCACCUUGAUAAGUUCUUCCUGCUCUCAACCUCGAUUUCUUUAUUGGUUUCGUGACAGGGAGAGACUUGAAAUCCCUCUCCACCUAAGAAGUGUUGAUUCUUCUCUCUCCCUUAUAAGGGAUAAAAUCAAUGUGACCAAGAAUAAUUACGCUGAGUUAGGUAAAAGAUGGAAAGGUUACCAGGAAAAGAGGCAAGCAAAUCUUAAUGUUCUAUGGAGAUUUACUUUGGGGUCAAGAGAAGAUGCUGUCCUGACAUGAGGUUAGGAACCUAAGUUGACUGAAAAUGCCAUUGCACCUUCCUUUACAUAACGAGUAUUUCUGGACAUGUCAUAAGAUAAAAACUGAUCUUUAUCAACAUGCAAAUGAUAAAUAAAUGUAUUUCCUUUUAAAAUAUUCAUCACU